UGUUUUGUCAAGAAGUUUCGGACGUUUUAUCGGGAUGGAUGUCCCUCAAGAGGGAGAGGAUGCUGUUGGUGGAAAUCAGGCGGGCAGAGCAGCAUGUGCCGUGUCCAGCCACGUGUGCAUGAAGAAUGAGGAGCCCGUCACUGAUGGGCAUCAGGGGGUCAGCACAGGAAGAGUGCUGUCUUAUCCAAGACCACAGACACAAAGACCAGUGUCUCCAGUGCACAGCUGUGUGUCCAUGAAGAGUGACCAGUCCAUGGAUCACCCUCUCAGACUCAGCAGUGGACAACCGCAGUCUGAUCCAAAACCACAGACACACAGACCAGUGUCUCCAGUGCCCAGCUGUGUGUCCAUGAAGAGUGACCAGUCCAUGGAUCACCCUCUCAGACUCAGCAGUGGACAACCGCAGUCUGAUCCAAAACCACAGACACACAGACCAGUGUCUCCAGUGCCCAGCUGUGUGUCCAUGAAGAGUGACCAGUCCAUGGACCAGCCUCUCCGACUCAGCAGUGGACCACCACAGUCUGAUCCAAAACCACAGACACACAGACCAGUGUCUCCAGUGCCCAGCUGUGUGUCCAUGAAGAGUGACCAGUCCAUGGAUCAGCCUCUCAGACUCAGCAGUGGACAACCGCAGUCUGAUCCAAAACCACAGACACACAGACCAGUGUCUCCAGUGCCCAGCUGUGUGUCCAUGAAGAGUGACCAGUCCAUGGACCAGCCUCUCCGACUCAGCAGUGGACCACCACAGUCUGAUCCAAAACCACAGACACACAGACCAGUGUCUCCAGUGCCCAGCUGUGUGUCCAUGAAGAGUGACCAGUCCAUGGAUCAGCCUCUCAGACUCAGCAGUGGACAACCGCAGUCUGAUCCAAAGUGA